AGUAUAAAUAUUUUGAGAAACAUCGUCAAUCAAAUGUAAUAGACAUUAGGAUGCCUGUUGAUGUGAUUCCCGAUUCACCUGAAUGUCGUGUUAACAUAGUUGAAACAAAUUCUCGACACUGGACAACAGACGCAGCAAUCUUUGGUGAUGGAAAUAAACCAUAUUGGUACACCCACAAUCCAUCAGCAAUUGAAGUAGAAACAACUGCGUAUGCCUUAUUAACACAAGUGGAACUUGAUAAUAUUGCAUAUAGCAAUGCAAUAGUCGUUUGGUUAACAUCGCAGAGAAAUUCACAGGGGGGAUUCAUUUCCACACAAGACACAAUUAUUGCUCUGUAUGCCCUGGUUAAGUAUUCAUCGGCAGCUAAGAAUGUGAUUGAGACACCGGUACACAUGAAUUGCACAAUAACAAAAGGAGCUGGUGAUGCCUAUAACGAAGUAAUAACUUUAAAUGAUGAAGGGUCCAUGGUGCAGCACAUUAGAGAGGUACCUGUUGGUGGCAAGCUGUAUAUUGACACUACUGGAACAGGUAUUGGAAAUCUUCAAGUAGAAGUUAGGUAUAACACGCCGGCUCUUUAUGCAGAAACGUGUGCAUUUAACAUCACCGUGAAUGUAGUAGAACCACGCCUACGUAGAAGAGAUAACACACUCAGUAAUACGAUCAUCCAUUUGACUGUUACUAUGAAAAAUAAUGAGGCGCCAUUCCAAAGUUACGACAUCAACAAACGUUCGGUUAUAUUCUACAUUGAUCAGAUAACAAACCAGACCGAUGUUACAAUUGAAUUUGACAUCAGGCAAGUAUAUAAUGUAGGGAAGAUUCAACCAGUUGCGGUCAAGGUAUAUGACUAUUAUUCACCAG